GUCAUUAUAUAUUGGGUAUUCAUCAUGUGGAAUUUAUCAAUUUCGUCACAGUAAAUUAUUAGACUUUGAAUUGUUUGAAUUACGUUUUAAGUUACAAUACCUAAAAUCUUUCUUUUAGUGUUCUGUCACUCGUAACGAACGGUUCGAGACGUCACUCACUGUUCACGCUCAGCUGUUUGAUGCUUGUCUAAAAUUUAGAUUUUACAUAAAAACUUUAGUAAUAAAACAACAAUGAAAAUUUGGACAAGUGAACACACUUUCAACCACCCUUGGGAAAAGGUUGCAACAGCAGCUUGGAGAAAAUAUCCAAAUCCUCAUAAUACUGCCGUUAUAGGUACGGAUGUCGUCGAAAGGAAAGUAGUAGAUGGAGUAUUACAUACGCAUAGAUUAGUUAGUUCUAUUUGGUACUUUCCUAAAUGGGCACAAGCGCUCAUAGGCUCGGCUAAGAUCUGCUACGCCAGUGAACAGUCAGAAGUGAAUCCCUCAUUGCGUUUAAUGGUAUUAAAAACGAUAAAUCUGACAUUUUGUAGACACAUAGCCGUAAACGAAACUCUCAAAUACGUUCCGCAUCCUUCGGAUCCUUCCAAAACACUUUUGAAACAAGAAGCAGUGGUAACUGUGAAAGGAGUACCUCUAACAAAUUAUAUGGAAGAUUUGCUGACGACGAAAAUAUCAAAUAACGCGGGAAAGGGUAGACAGGCUAUGGAAUGGGUGAUAAAUAAAUUGAACGACGAAGUGAAGGAUUUAACGAGAAGUACGGACGAAAUUUUCAGCCAGACCAAAAGAUCCUUAGACGAUAUAGCCACGAGUGCGAAAAAGUCGAUGGGGGACAUCUCUCAAAAAGCAAAAAAGAGUCUGGACGAUAUGCAGACAAUGAAUCUUAGUUAAUUUAUCAUUAGCACGUGUACGUCUUUGUUUUUUUUUUAUUACAACAAGAGGAAACCGAUUGUUGGUAGAAUGAGGAGUGUAGUAACUGAUUUUAUGUCCUAAAUCUCUAAAACUUAUUACGAAUUACGUAAAUUAAUAAAAAAAUUUAAACGAAAUUUGGUAAUAUCAUCUCCUCUUCGCCAUUUCGAUAUGAAAAUCUCACUAUUUUCUACUACUAACCAUCUAUAAUCGCUGUUACAUUAUUUGGUCCUUCGAGCCGUAUACGUACGCGGCUCGAAGGACCAAAUAAUGUAUUAGCGAGUGUUUGAGUGUUCUGAAUAAUUUAUUUUAUAAUAUAUUUGGAAAAUAGUUACCGUUAUUUCAUUCUACGACUUAGGGGUGAGUUUUUAGUACGGCAACUAUUUAUCUAUCCAAAUCCAAAUUUAGAUAAAUAUAGUCACAAAUAAUUAAUCGAAUACAGUGUGAGGCAAAAUUAAAAAAUACUAUUUGCCGAUUUGUAUUUAAUUUUUUUUUGUGUAAUUUAAUAUUUGAACAUAUUUAUCGAGUUAUUACGGCAUUAUAUAUAUUUUUAUUUAUUUUUCAUGUACAGAGUGUUAUUUAUAUAACGGUACCUAUAAAAAAAAAUCGCCAAAAACUCGUCCUGCUGUAAAUGUUGCCGAUUCGAGAGAGGAAUUUAGCGAAAUAUUCACGAUUAAAAAUAUUUCCGUAUCUGUUUUCGGUAAAAAAACGCGCCGAUUUAGCGUUUUCGAAAUCGCACGAUCCAUUUAUCGAGGUCCCACUUGUCGGAAAUCGAUACUUCCGGUUUUAUAAAUAAUGGAAUUGAUGGAUUUCCGUUUCGGUUUUUUGAACUAAAUUUAUAAAUAACAGCAAUUCUUCUUCGAAGGUAAAGUCAACUUAACCUAUUCUAAUCGAAGCUAAAGUCAACUUAACCUAUUCUAAUCGGAGCUAAAGUUAACUUAACCUAUUCUAAUCGGAGCUAAAGUCAACUUAACCUAUUCUAAUCCGAGCUAAAGUCAACUUAACCUAUUCUAAUCGAAGCUAAAGUCAACUUAACCUAUUCUAAUCCGAGCUAAAGUCAACUUAACCUAUUCUAAUCGGAGCUAAAAUAAACUUAACUUACUCUAAUCAAAGCUAAAGUCAACUUAGCCUAUUUUAAUCGAAGCUAAAGUCAACCUAACCUAUUCUAAUCGAAGCUAAAGUCCACUUAUCCUAUUCUAAUCGAAGCUAAAGUCAACUUAGCCUAUUCUAAUCGAAGCUAAAGUCAACUUAGCCUAUUCUAAUCGAAACUAAAGUCCACUUAUCCUAUUCUAAUCGAAGCUAAAGUCAACUUAGCCUAUUCUAAUCGAAGCUAAAGUCCACUUAUCCUAUUCUAAUCGAAGCUAAAGUCAACUUAGCCUAUUCUAAUCGAAGCUUAAGUCAACUUAACCUAUUCUAAUCGAAGCUAAAGUCAACUUAGCCUAUUCUAAUCGAAGCUUAAGUCAACUUAAACCUAACCUAACCAGAAUAUGGCUCUGUUCCUCGGUCUGCUCAACAACAUCGUGAGACAGUUCCAAAUUCGAAAAUAUUUAAAAGUUGAUUUAAGAAAACAUGAAAAAAAUUAUUUUUGACUUUUCUUCCCCCUCUUCGGCCAAUUUUUCUUAUAGAUAGGUCCGACAAAAUUGAGCAUUUCGUUUAAUUCAUAAAUCCAGUUUGAGAAAGCCAAACAGGAGGUAACAGAAUCUAAUUAUGAGACCUCGAUAAAUGGAUUUUACGUUUCAGAAAACGCUAAAUUAAUGUGAUUCAACUAUAUUUUUUGGCCGGGCAGAUACGAAGGUAAAGCGCCUGUUGACAAGUAUUAGCAUUUAUCAAAAUAAUCAUGAUUGUUGCUUGGUAAUUGAUUUUUUAUUCAUUUCUGACGAUCGUUAUUGAAAGGAAAAAGAAGUUUGAGUGUCAUCGAAGAAUUUUAUAGUACCAGAUUAUGUCGGACAAAGAUAUUUUACGAAUUAUCCAGUUUACACUGACUUUGGCGUGUUUUUUCGAUAUCUACCAACUUACUGUGGCUCUAAAAUUAUGAAAAUGUUUAAAAAAAAAUUGUAGAUCGUCGGAAUGGAUUUUUAGGAAAUUUUUUGUAAAUAAAUUCAUUUUUAAGGUUCCUCAUGUGAAUUAUCAAACAUUCCUUCUAAUGAAUGUUUUUUUUUGUUAAAUAAAAACUAUAAAAAACAAU